GUUAUUUUUCAAUAAAACUUGCCUUCUUAAAAAACCCUACCAAAGCCCACCAGCCCUCUUCUCUAUCUUUCAGCCGUUCCCCUUUAUCUCUCUCACUCUCACAAACCCGCGACUCUCCUCCGGCGGCGAACGACCCACAACGACGAUCGGCGGCGCCUCUGACCUCCAUCUUCGGCGACGGACGGCCACGCCGACGCGUUUUCCGAGCGGCGGCAACAGACCCACGACUGCCCUUCCGCCGCAGCAACUCUCGAGCAGCGGUGCAUCUUCCCUGCGACGCGUUCUGACCCACGCGAAUAUCGCUCCUGCGGACAUAGAUCCACAUCCUUUACACUAAGUGGAGGUCAUUUGCAUAAAGCCGUCGCCCCUUGAAACCCAAAGAUGGUGAAGAGGAGCAAAAAGAGUAAAAGCAAGCGGGUUACUUUGAAGAAGAAGUACAAGAUCAUUAGGAAGGUGAAGGAGCAUCACAAGAAGAAGGCAAAGGAAGCUAAAAAGCUAAGCUUCAAGGGCAAGAGCAAGGUUGAGAAGGACCCAGGUAUUCCUAAUGAUUGGCCCUUCAAGGAACAGGAGCUCAAGGCUCUUGAAGCUCGUCGGGCCCGUGCUCUUGAUGAGAUGGAACAAAAGAAAGCAGCUCGGAAGGAGAGGGCUCAGAAAAGAAAGUUGGGGUUGCUAGGUGAUGAUAAUAUUACUUCUGCAGAACAAAGUUUAGGAAAGAUGAAGGAUGGAAAUGACUCUGCUGCACCUGCACGGAAUCGUGAUAACUCAGAUAGGGCUUUCUACAAGGAGUUGGUCAAAGUUAUUGAGGCAUCAGAUGUUAUUUUAGAAGUCUUGGAUGCACGAGAUCCCCUUGGCACGCGUUGUAUUGAUAUGGAGAAGAUGGUAAUGAAAGCGGGUCCUGAUAAGCAUCUUGUACUACUUCUGAAUAAAAUUGAUCUUGUUCCUCGAGAGGCUGUUGAGAAGUGGCUCAAUUAUCUUAGAGAAGAAUUGCCUGCUGUUGCCUUCAAGUGUAGCACGCAAGAGCAGAGGUCCAACUUAGGUUGGAAAUCUUCUUCAAAGAUAUCCAAAACAAAAACAAGCAAUUUAUUGCAGAGAAGUGACUGCCUUGGAGCUGACACUCUUAUUAAACUGUUGAAGAAUUAUUCAAGAAGUUAUGAGAUCAAAAAAUCAAUUACUGUUGGUGUUAUUGGCUUGCCUAAUGUUGGCAAGAGCAGUCUUAUUAAUAGUUUGAAAAGAUCCCAUGUUGUCAAUGUUGGUGCAACGCCGGGAUUAACAAGAUCAAUGCAAGAGGUUCAUCUAGACAAAAAUGUCAAAUUGUUGGAUUGUCCUGGUGUUGUAAUGCUAAGAACUAAAGAGAAUGAGCCAUCUAUAGCUCUUCGGAAUUGCAAAAGAAUAGAGAAGUUGGAAGAUCCCGUUGCUCCCGUUAAGGAGAUCUUGAAGCUUUGCCCUCCCACAACGUUGGUAACUUUGUAUAAAAUGCCAAGCUUCGACACGGUCGAUGAUUUUCUGCAGAAGGUAGCUAUUGUCCGGGGCAAACUUAAGAAGGGUGGUAUUGUGGAUGUUGAAGCUGCGGCUAGAAUUGUUCUGCACGAUUGGAACGAAGGUAAAAUUCCAUAUUACACAAUGCCUCCUGUUAGGAGUCAGGUAGAACCUUCAGAGGCGAGGAUUGUCUCAGAGCUCGGGAAAGAGUUCAACAUCAAAGAAGUUUAUAGCGGUGAAUCUUCAUUCAUUGGUAGCCUCAAAUCUGUCGAUGAUUUCAAUCCUGUUGAAGUUCCUCCAAGUUGUCCACUCAAUUUUGAUGAUAGUAUGCAAGAGCAAGAGAAAGACAAUGCUGAACCAUCUAAGCAAAACGACGAAGUCCUGGAGAACGUGUCGGAUAAUAGCGAGGACGAGUCGAUGGGGCAGGAAGAAGACGAGGAGAACGACGAAGGCAAACCCAAGGGACAGGAUGCAACGAGCAGGCAAAACGAGAAGCUGUAUGCAGCAGAAGGUAUUCUGAAUACAAAAAUGAGGAGAGCAGAGAAGAAGAGAAGGAAAAAAGCUAACAAUAACAGUAAAUCAUCGGAUGCCAUGGAAGAUGAUGACUAUGAUUUUAAAGUAGAUUUCAAAAAGAAGUGAAUCCAUCUCCCAACAGAGAACAAUAAAUCAUAAUCAGAGAUUCAGAUUGGCUACGGCUGCCAUGGAAAUCAAAGCAUAUGCUCGUGGCUGUAAAUUCCAAGUUUUGUGAUAUGCUAUUUAAAUGCAGUUCUUAGAAUUUAUGGCCUCUUAAUGUGAGGAAAUUUUGACUAGUGAUAUGUUUUUUUUUAAAAUUUUUUUUAUCUGUACGAUUGAAGAAGCAUAUUUGAAACAGUUUUGUAUGGAAUUAUAGAAUCUUAGUUUUGGAUUUGGAUGCUUCUUUUUGAGGUAUCUAUAAACGAAUAUUAUAUUAUUUGAA